CCUCAACCCCAACCCUGCCUCGUGCUUGGUGGGAAGGCUGUGCUUGCGGUACAUAUGGACCUAUCUAGGCUGUGCAACACUGCAAAUAAUGCAGACUUGCAGAGUCCGCCCCAUACGCCGUCAAGCGCCUAAACCUGCACGACGACAGUCCGCGACAGCCUCGUCUGCAGGAUGGCGCUCAAAAGGCUCGAGAGCGCCAGCUUUGCGGCCCUGGAUUUCCCUGCUCCUCGUCCCCCCAGUUAUUGAGAGAACUGUUCAGCAGAAGAAGCGGACUCAGAAUGUCCAACAAGCCACCUGCCGCAGAAUAUCCCUUCUCUCUUACAUCGUACUGUUCCGGUCUUGACGAUGGCCACUUCUGUCAGCGAGAGUUAAAGGAAGAGUCAAGGUCUUGGAGAUCGGAGAAAUACGCACCUGUCUCCAGCGUGCUUAUCCUGGAUCAUCAUCAUGGUGUGGGAACAACUAGGGUGUAUGAUGAUGCUGGCAUCGAUCGGCUAAUUAAUGCCGAUCAUGAUCCGCAGGUUCGGAUAAUUCUGCUCCAACCGACACCGCAGGAGCAAGUCCUACGAACAAUCCGUAAUCCAGAAGUCGUCAAAUCUCUCCUCACAAACGAGCUCAUCAACGACCAGACAAUUCCGCCGGCUAAUGAAAAGCCUCUGGACCAGCGGGGCGAAGAGGUUCCCUCGCAGUUGAAUAUUACCCGCCACAGUUUGCUUAAGAUCCUUACUAGAUAUGAUAUCGCGCCAGCGGCUAGCUCUCACAUCCGUGGUCAGGAACAAAUCUUUGGCUCGAGACAGUUGAGGGACAGUGACGGGGCUGUGAAAUCCUUCGAAUUCUGGUACGCCAUAAGGGCCAGGGCAUAUGUUCGAAAACUCGGCAAGGAAGCCGAUCUAAAGAUGACCAUAGUCACCCGAUACAAUGCCCAAUCCGACACAACUUUAGUCCUGUUGAAAUACCGAUCCUUCAACGACCUCCCACAGCGUUUACUCGAGGAACUAGUGGAGAACUUGGAGGCCUUCAUCAAAGAGCCCAACACUGCCUCUCUUGCGAAGAACCCGUUCAUUCUCUCCAUCAUCCAUUUCAAUCCCACGAUUCAGUACUACCGUCGUGCCGCUCGAGACCCACGCGACACCAUUCGUGAAGAAGAACGCAGGGUCCACGGCGGCCUGGAAGAGUUUGCCCGGAUUGACCUGAACAAGCUCCAUCUCACCUUGACAAGUCUUGACCAAGAUAAAAUCCAAAUGAAUUUCAUCCUAGGGGUCAUUGGCCGGUUACGGAAACAACAUGAAGCAUUCCAGGCAAUGGUCAAGGGAAGCAAAAGCUUAGAUCAGCGCGACUGGCUGUAUUUUCGGGUGGAGGAGGAAUUCGACCGAUUCGAGAACCAGAUGGCCUACUUCAAGUCGUCUGUUGAAGACGUGGCCAGACGUGUGGAACGUUUACUUGACUUGCUCUUCAACAUGAGCUCCCGCAUCAACACCCAAUCGAGCUCGAGAAUGACCAGGUACGCGAUGCAGGAGAGUGCAUCCAUGAGUACCAUCUCCGUCGUGACGAUGCUAUUUCUUCCUGGGACAUUUAUAGCGACCAUACUGGGUACAAACAUUAUCACAGGCCCGACUCGUGCGGACGGCAAUAGCCCCGGUGACUCGAAGCUGCUUGUGUCUUCGCAAUGGUGGGUUCUCGUGGUCCUGACGGUGUCCCUGACAAUACUUACGAUGGGAGGAUGGUAUAUUCUACAACGAAGGACGAGAAAGUCGAUCGCUCGGAUAUCCAACCAGAAUGCGGUGUAAUGUUUUUACGACUUGAGACGAUUUAACGAUGUCCCGAUGGACUGAUCUGAUGGGAGCGUGUCUUGAUGCUUUUUCCGUUGCUAUUAUUAUGUUUCUUGGAUACCUGAGUAUGAAAUAUCCCCUUGAUAGAUGUAAUACAUUCCUUUUCAGAAGCC